GGCCGGGGCCGGGGGCGGGGGGCCCGGCUAGUUCCUGCCUCCUCGGGAACAAAGGGAACUCUGUCUCGGCAUCUGUCACCGCCGCCCACCCAAAACUUUCCGCCGCGCCCGGCUGCCCGCCGGCCGCCGCGGGACGGCCCCGCACCGGCCCCGGCACCGAGACCCCGGCGCGGCCCAUGCGAGCGCCCAGGCGGCGGCGGCGGCCCGGGGGCUUCAGCCAGGGGGGUCCCGCGGGCAGCUCCACCAUGUCGGACAGUGACCCGGGGGACGAGGACAGCGCCACAUCCCCGGACCCCUCGCAGUGCAAGAGGAAAAGAAGGGGCAACCUCCCCAAGGAGUCGGUGAAGAUCCUGCGGGACUGGCUGUACGAGCACCGCUUCAACGCCUACCCCUCGGAGCAGGAGAAGCUCAGCCUCUCGGGGCAGACGAGCCUCUCCGUGCUGCAGAUCUGCAACUGGUUCAUCAACGCACGGCGGCGGCUGCUCCCCGACAUGCUGCGCAAGGACGGCAAGGACCCCAACCAGUUCACCAUCUCCCGCCGCGGGGGCAAGGCCGGCGACGUGGCCGUGCCGCGGGGCGCUGCCGCCGGCUCCGGGGUGCUCGUGGUGCCGCCCGCGGGCACCUCCAAGGUGCUGUCCAUGUCGGUGUGCCCGCAGGUACUGUGCCACCCGGCGCGGGCGCUGGCCGUGGUGAGCGCCCGCAGCCCCGAGUGGGAGAAGCCCCCCGGGCCUGAGGCCGUGCCCAGGGCGGGCGCGGGGCCUGGUGGCAGCACCCUGACCCUGCUGGCGCGGGCUGAGGCGGGCAGCCCCACACCCGGACUCUUCAACACGCCGCCCCCGACGCCCCCUGAGCUCUUCGGGGAUGACUUCAGCAGUUUCCAGCUGCUGGUGGAGGUGGCUCUGCAGAAGGCGGCCGAGCUGGAGCGGCAGCGGCAGGGGGGGCAGCUGCCCCUGGCUCCCCACGCCGAAUCCCCCGGAGCCUCCAAAUAACCCCGGGCCGGGUCCCGCAGGGUGCCCGGUACCCCCACAGCCCAUGCCAGGAGUGGCUCCUGCCCCCGGGGCCUCUGUUCUCUCUCGGCAGCCAAGGCGCAGAGGAAGGCCUGUCCCACCGCGCCACCCUCGUGCUGGGAGAUGCCCUGGCUGCCGAGCACGGUGCCCCGGCUGUGCAGGCACCGCCAUGCCCAGCCCUCAGCGCCGGCGGUGCCUCGGCUCUGCCGCAUGGCCGGAGCAGGUGCUGGGUCUGCCAUGGAAAACCUGCUGAUCUCUUCCUCUCCUGCGAACAAGGGUCCAGUCAGCACCAUUUCUUCAGGGAGACGGAGAAAACCUAUUUUUUUAAUGCCAGUGUCUAUUUUAAGGACUGUGGAUGAAGAGCUUUGUCUCCCAAAUCUCUGAUCUUUUCCCCCUCCCACUCUUACCCCCCGGCCCCCCUUUUGUUUUUGGAGGGUUUUCUGUUUCCCGGUGCUGGCCAGGGGCCCUGCCUUGCCCAGGGAAGGGCAAAGGACAGAUGGACUGGAAACAUGGAGUCUGUGGCAUUUUAUCAUGGAAAAAAUAGGACCCUCCUCUUCCUUUUUAGGUUGUUCUGGAUGCUGCCAGUAGAAAUCUCUAUGGUGCUCUUUAGCAAGUUUUAUGUUGAAACAUUUUCCCUUUUAUUGUGAAUUAUGACAUGAGUAUUACUUUUUUUUUUUUCCUAUAAGCAUUUCCACACCUUCCCCACGUUCCCCUGGAGUUCAUGCUGAAUGUGUGCACGCUGUGCCCGGAGCAGUGAGCGCAUGGCCAAGCCUGGGCGGAGCCGAGACUGUGAAUUUUGUACCCGACUUCAUUUCCUUUUAAUUUUUUUUUCCUCGUAAAAGCUUUGGAAAGAGGCGUGGUGCGGGCACGGCCAUGUGCGUCCUGCAAGUGCAGUGCGGGUUCCUGGGGAGCAGCGCCGGGCGGGCGGAGGAUGGAGAUGUCGCUCGCUGUCCCCUCCCCUCGCCGUGUGGCUGUGCAGUGCUGGGGACCUCUAGUGACAAACUGGCGUGUGCCGGGAGCGGCUGGGCCUGCCCGGGUUUGGGGGCAGUCGCUUGCUGUCCCUGGGUGCUGAGCCGGGGCCAGGUGUCCUGUGGGAUGUGAGUUAGUGACCGUGCCUUGUCCCGAGGGGCACUAAUCCCGCCGGUAAUUAGCCAGAUGAGUUGAUGACUACAGGAGGUAAAGCCGCAGGACUGGGAGCUCUGCGGGGCUAGGAGAGAGCAUUGGAUGGAAGGGGGCUGGAAGUGAAGAGCACUGAUUUGGGGCUGGGUGUGUUCCCACCCCCCAUUCCUUCAGAGGGAAGGUGUCCGGGGAGAGAGUGCCAUGGGAAGGCUUCUCCAUAGCAUCACCUUGGCAGGUGCCCUGUGCACUGCUGGGGUGGCACCGGGGUGGGUGGGUACCCAUUGUGUGCCUCUCACCCCCACCUUCAUUUCUAUGUCCAUCCUUCAUUUGCCCUUUGUCUCCUUUCCAGGGAAAGUCCUCAUUUUUGGGACUCCCUCUUUCACCUUGUCACCCCCCUGGAGCUCUGUCCCCUGCCCUGGGGGAGGGAGAGGCUGUUUGGCCUCCUGCUCUUGUCUUGCCCCAGACAAACUGAAGUGGUUUCCAUCCCCCAGAGCUGUGCCUGUACCAGGGGCUGGUGCUGCUGCCCUGGGAUGGACCAGAGAGUUGGGAGGGCAGGAGUUAUUGGAAUUAAAGUUAUGGAGAAAUAACAAAGUACUGUAAAUAUCUUUUUGUUUUUCUAUUGUCAAAUAAAAGGGUUUUUUAGU